AUGUUUUUCCUCAUUUCUUACAGACUAUGAGAAGACAACGAAAUGAAGUUGUGGUUGAAUUAAGAAAGAAUAAAAGAGAUGAGCAUCUCUUAAAGAGAAGGAACGUACCACAUGAAGAUAUCUGUGAAGACUCUGAUAUAGAUGGUGAUUAUAGAGUGCAAAAUACCUCUUUAGAAGCUAUUGUUCAAAAUGCCUCAAGUGAUAACCAAGGGAUUCAACUAACUGCAGUUCAAGCAGCUAGGAAGCUUUUGUCCAGUGAUAGAAAUCCACCAAUUGAUGACCUAAUAAAAUCUGGAAUAUUGCCUAUUUUAGUCCAUUGUCUUGAAAGAGAUGACAAUCCGUCUUUACAGUUUGAAGCUGCAUGGGCCUUGACAAACAUUGCAUCUGGAACCUCUGAACAAACUCAAGCAGUAGUACAGUCCAAUGCUGUACCACUUUUUCUGAGACUUCUUCAUUCACCACAUCAAAAUGUUUGUGAGCAAGCAGUGUGGGCAUUGGGAAAUAUUAUAGGUGAUGGGCCCCAGUGUAGAGAUUAUGUCAUAAGCCUUGGAGUUGUGAAACCUUUACUUUCCUUCAUAAGUCCAUCUAUUCCUAUAACAUUCUUAAGAAAUGUUACUUGGGUUAUGGUCAACUUAUGUCGCCACAAAGACCCACCCCCCCCAAUGGAAACCAUUCAGGAGAUUCUUCCAGCUCUUUGUGUUUUAAUUCAUCAUACAGAUGUAAAUAUAUUGGUAGAUACUGUGUGGGCCCUCUCUUACCUUACUGAUGCUGGCAAUGAACAGAUACAGAUGGUAAUAGAUUCUGGAAUAGUUCCUCAUUUGGUUCCUCUGCUCAGCCACCAGGAAGUUAAAGUUCAGACUGCUGCACUUCGAGCUGUAGGCAACAUUGUUACUGGAACUGAUGAGCAGACACAAGUAGUUUUGAAUUGUGAUGCUCUUUCACACUUCCCAGCACUUCUGACACAUCCCAAAGAGAAAAUUAAUAAAGAAGCAGUGUGGUUCCUCUCUAACAUCACCGCAGGAAAUCAACAACAGGUUCAAGCAGUAAUUGAUGCCAACCUUGUACCAAUGAUAAUACACCUUUUGGAUAAGGUAAGGAAAUCAGUUUGUAUCUAUCUAAGUAAGGAGGAGUGGGAUUGUUUGGGGUUUCUGGAGCAAAUGGUGGCCUACCUUAUCCAACAAAAUGUUAUCCCACCUUUUUGCAACUUGCUGACUGUAAAAGAUGCACAAGUUGUACAAGUAGUACUUGAUGGACUUAGUAAUAUAUUAAAAAUGGCUGAAGAUGAGUCAGAAACCAUAGCCAAUCUUAUAGAAGAGUGUGGAGGACUGGAGAAAAUUGAACAACUUCAAAAUCAUGAAAAUGAAGACAUCUACAAAUUGGCUUAUGAGAUCAUUGAUCAGUUCUUCUCCUCAGAUGAUAUUGAUGAAGAUCCUAGCCUUGUUCCAGAGGCAAUUCAAGGAGGAACAUUUGGUUUCAAUUCAUCUGCCAAUGUACCAACAGAAGGGUUCCAGUUUUAGAAAGAUGUUUUGGAAGUUAGGUCCAUGCAGCACUGAGAUAUAUAUAUAUAAACAUAUAUAUAAAAAGGUUUGAUCCAUCAAGCUUGGCUCAUGGGAUCUGCUGCUGCAUUAAAUCGGGAAAGAAAAUGUGAAGAUUUCAUUUGGAAUCACAGAAAAUGCCCAAAUGAGGUCAAGAUGGCGAGUGGGUGCGAGUGAGAAUGAGUGGCACAAUGUAAUGAAAACUUUACAUGAAUGCUUAUUUAGGUUGUUAAAAGUAAAAAGGGCUACGGGUCACAGAUCUUCAGUGCCUGAGAAGGAACGUUGACUUACUCUAUAUCAAUUGAGGGGAAAGUGCAGUACUGUCAUCUUCAAGCCUUGCAAGCAUAAAAGAGAAUAGGAUGCCCGUCUAAGUCAAAGGAAGUGAGCCCAGGCCUUGCUAUGAAGCAGUGUGUGAAUGAGCAGUGUUGAGUGAAUGGCUGGCUCAAUGAUGGAGAGUCAGGUUCAUCUUUCAAAUCUAGGGCUCUUCACUCCUGAAGCAGACUCCUAGACCUGGAGUGACUGUGUACGAGAGAGUGGUUGUGGUUCUGUAUGUGAACGCAUGCAAGCUUGAUUUGCCUUCAGGGGGCUGAUAAAACUAGUAAAUCAUCAAAGUGAGAUCAUAAGUGUUAAUGUACACUGGACACGAAAACCAGAACCGGUUCAGCAGCAGACAUUGGUUUACUCUGCAGCCUGUGUUUCUAUCCCUCCUCUUUUUCCCAUCCCUCGGCUCCACCCACCCCUUUUAUUUUUUAAACCUUUAUUUACUUUACCUAGUAUGGCUUUUUAGUUGCUUCUCAAUUCAGAAAACUUUUCAGGAAGAUUUCCCUGUGCAUUUGCACCAGAUGAAUGUUUGGAUGCUAUGAAAAAACUUUCCAUAUCAUCAGAACAAAUUUGUGUAGAUUUUUGCAUGGAAAAAAAUCAUAAAUUUCCCUCAAAAUAGACUGUUGCAGUACACAAGUUGCCAUAAUAGUAUAAAACGGUAAAAUGUACUUUAAAAGCCAUCCUUUCAUUUUCAGAGAUAACAUAAAGAUCUUUGCAUGAGGUAAAUCUACAGCAUAGUUUCAUUUUUAGAUUUUGUUGAGUCCUGUAAAGAAGAAGAAAAAGUUUCAGUUGUGGUAGAAUACCGUGCUGUGUUUAAAUGUUACUUGUUUUCAAACUUUGUUUUCUAUGAAAAUGAUAUGGAAACUUCUAAAAUGGAAUUUGGUGCAUAUGUACUGCUGAAUAAAGACAGAUGAAGAGGUUUGAGUAGAUGUACAAAUCAAGUAAUGGUUUGAACACCUUUAAUAAUAUGCCUAAUCUGUUCAAUUGUUUUAGAAUCUUUUUAUCUUAGAUGUAGGCAGCCAUGAACAAUCUAUUUUGAGCCACUUUAGGGAGAAACUUUGUAUUUUUAAAACUUGCAUAAAGGUUAUGCAAGUGGUUUUUAUAAAUUGGAAUAAUGCCUCAGUUUUGAGGUUAUGCACACUAAAUUAAAUGUGACAUAAAUUAAUUUGUACAAUAAAAGAACUCUUUAUAAGGUGGCUCAUUGUAGGAAAUCCUGUGCCUUCCCCUUUGAGCACAAGUGUCGCAUGAACAACAGUUUGCUAUAAGAAACACACCAGAUUAGCCACCAUUCGCAUCUGUGUCUACUUUGUGUUUAAAAAUCAACUGGUAAUUCUGAAACAUUGUAGAAUGGAUAAAAAUUAUUUUGUGAUCAUAACUCUUUGUUGAACUAGAGUAUUUUUGCAGCAUUCCUUGUCAUCAGAAACAUGGUUAAAGUUUAAAACUAGAAGCAGCAGAAAACUAGCUUGUAAAAUUUAUCCAAGUAGAGUGCAGGCUAGGCUGUCUUGGGGAAAUAAACAUUAAAACUUAAAGCAAUGUUUUA